AUGAACGUGGAACUAGACAAAAUCCAGAUACCUGAUUAUCCCUCAGGAUCGUACAACUUCAUCCGCCGUCUCCGAGGGGAGGAGGAACUGUCAUUGCCGACGCCGAUCAACAACAGCUUGUCAAACGGAGCAGCUGCAUCUGCAACCAGACGCGCAGAAACCAGCAGAAGGAAUGGGCCAAAUGGGACCUCGGAGCAAUCAUGGGUGAAAUUGAACGUGGCAAUCAUCGGCGCUGGGGUUGGGGGUCUCUCAAAUGCAAUUGCCCUGGCUCAAAUGGGCCAUGAUGUGUCCGUCUACGAGCAGGCUUCCGCAUUGAGUGAGGUCGGGGCUGGUAUCCAAAUUCCCCCGAACUCGACUCGCAUUCUCCAUUCGUGGGGUCUGCGUCCUGCUCUCGAACGGCGGUCUGUCAAGCCCGCGGCUCUGCUCUGGCGACGUUGGGAGGACGGGUCCGUCAUCGGAAAAACCAAGCUCAACCCAGAAAUUGAGCAACGGUUUGGCUCACCGUACUAUGUGACCCACCGAGCACACUUGCAUGAGGUUCUGCAUGAUCGUACGGUUGAGCUGGGUGUUCCUGUGUAUUUGUCCAAAAGGGUACAGAAGUAUGACAUCCAAAAUGGCGAAGUAACAUUUGUCGAUGGCCAGGUAGUUAAGGCGGAUCUGAUAAUUGCUGCUGAUGGAUUGAAGUCACUAGCUCGCCGUGUACUCAACGGCGACAAAGACAAAGGACCUUGGAGUCAUGGGCUUUCUGCAUACCGAGGAACCAUUUCCGUUGCCGAUAUGAGGGCAGACCCGCUGACAAGUUGGAUCGUCGAGCAGCCGAAUCUUCACAUGUGGGUCGGCCACGAUCUUCACGUAAUGAGCUAUGCCAUUGCUGGGGGUGAACGUUUCAACUUGGUUGUGACCCAUCCGCAAAGUCGGCACGGCGCAGCGGAAAAAUCCAUGCCUCAAAUACUGGAGGAAAUGAGGUCACGGUAUGUUGGGUGGGAUCCAUGCCUAAGGCGGCUUUUGGAGAUGGUGACUUCAACCCUAGAUUGGCCCAUCUACUGUAUCGACAUUCCUGACAUUUGGUCAUCUGCUUCUGGAAAACUUUUGAUCACGGGCGAUGCAGCUCAUGCGAUGGUCCCGUACAUGGCAUUGGGAGCCGCCAUGGCCGUGGAAGAUGCUGCCGCAUUAGCAGCCACAUUGAAGCAUGUCCAGCCAAAGGAAGAUCUUCCCGUCGCAAUAUCAAAAUGGGAAGAAUCGCGCAAACCUCGGGUGAAGAGAGUCCAUGAAGCCAGUUACGGACAUGGCUUGAUUUUACACCUUCCGGACGGGCCGGCGCAGCGAGCUCGUGAUGAAGCCAUGAAGGCAGAGGUGCAGGGUAUAGAGAUCAAGGAGAGCCCAAAUCAAUGGAGCGACCCAGUUGUGUCUGGGUGGGCGUAUGGGCAUGAUCCAGAGGCAGAGAUCGAGAAGAUGUGGUCGAAUGCGAGGGGAAAGCCGUAG